CAGGUGAAAUGCACCAUCAUCCGUUCUGUUUGAUCUAACUAUGCUCUAAUAUUAGGACCAAACCAGCUCUUAAUCAGCUGUAUGUGACACCAUGUGCAGUACCACAUACAGUAUGGGAAAUCAGGAAAAGAGUUAUGAUAAAUGGACCCAACCUGGCUGGAGAAUAGAGCAGAAGUAUGCAAACAAAGUUCUAAUUGGCAACUGGGUGGAAGAGAAGUUUCAGUUCACUCGAGAGUGUAAGACAGCCAACAGCACCAACCGUGCAGACUACCAGCCACAGAGGGACCACCGGCCAGACGUCAUCCUCAGACGAGAGGCGCUGCGGAAAGCUGAGGGCCUUCCCGCUAAGCUGCUUCUCUCCCACCAUGGCACGCUGCCCUCCCAUUACCUGGUCACCCUCUAUGAUGAGAUGUAUGGGCGCCAGGGCACCUCCACCCUGCCUGCCUUGCGCUCCUGGCAUCCAGACAGGCUGGCGUGGACGCAAGAGAAGUCUGACCACCCAAUCUUGGCACCUCCAACUAACUUUGGCCUGGUGGAGUCUAGACAGGUCCGUCUGGACAAGCAGCAGUCCCACCUCCCUGCGCUGAGUGUGUACAGGUCAGCGUACCAGAAGUACCCACUCAGUGCUUUCUGCCAGCCCCGCUUUGCCAGUGUGCCACGAGGCCACUCCAGUAAGCUUCAUCCUGCCAAUCGAAUCAACAAGGACAUGGAUCUGAAACAACGGCCCUGCAGACAGGUCCCAGACAACUCAGUCUCCGCCAGCCUCCUCCCUCCCCUGUCUGCUGUGUAGACACAGAGCUCGGGCCCUGAGAUGGCGCGCCUCACACGCUGUUUCGAUACUCCGUGCUCAAAGUGGUGCUGUUUGAGGAUUUUAUUUUUUAUUAGUCUAAGGCAUGAACAAUUAAAUGAAGCAGAACAUAUGGGAUAUCAAAAUAUGUAGAAAAUUAAACAGGAGUCUCAUUAUAAUCUCUUGAAAUCUAGGCACUGUGUGUGUGUGUGUGUGUGUGUGUGUGUGUGUGUGUGUGUGUGUGUGUGUGUGUGUGAACAUCUGAACAUUUAGGAUAAGCACAUGCUAAUUAUUUUCCUCGCACUUAAUAUUUGCAAUUCGCUGUUUCACUAUUUGCCGUUCUUGUCUAUUAAUGUUCUGUAUUAUGUCAUGUUUCAUGUUUUGUGUAGACACAGGAAGAGUAAUGGGGAUCCUAAUAAAAUACGAAAAUACCAAAUACCCUAGCCUAGAUGCUUUGGAAAUCAAAGAGAGUGUUGAUGUCUGAGCUGACCUGGGUGUCCAUAUCAGGAGCUAUGAGUGAUGUAAGGCAUACUCUGAGGGGACCUAACUCCCAUUCCAUUAGGUGUUUAAUUACAGGGAAUCAAAGUGUUUAAUUAGGAGGAAUCAAAGAUGCUUAUAUGUUUGAUGGUCAACCAUCUGUGUCUCUAUUCUCCUGCUGCCUCAGCCAGUGCAGCCCUCUGCCCGCCUCUCCGUUACUCAUUUCAAUACUCAAGCUGAUUUUUGUGUGAGUCAGAAAAUGUGGGUAGAUCAUGUGUUAUCAAUUACGCCAUUGAGUGUUUGGUUAGUCAGACCACAUGAUGGCGCUAUAGCGACAUGUCACACAAUGGAAUCCGAGACAAGGGUGCCGUGCCACUCUGUUGUUGAUCUUAGUUUAUGAUUGCUCUUUGUGAGACAGCUUGAUUUGAAUGAAAAAACUAUUAUACGUUUAAACAUUCAUUCAAACAUGUAUAUUGUCGAUGUAAUUAUACAACACAUCAAUUAACCGCCACAUCUAUCAUCCUACAAAUUCAUUGAUUUACUCUGCAGUCAGACACGACACAUCACACAGCAGAGCUCUGUUUGUUAAAUUGUUGAUGACUUAUCAUUGAAAAUCAGUCACUGUCUGGAAGGAAAACAUAUUUCAUUUAAAUCAUGACUCAACCACAUGACUUAAAUGCCAAGACAAUGCUGAACAAACUGCUUUCAGUUUUUUAUUAUUUUUGCAUAUUUCUUUCUUCUGCUAAUUAAUAUUGUACAAAUGUAACGAUAAAUAUUUGUUAAUAAAAUCAAGAGUACUUUCAUCACA